AAGCGUAAGAGUUGUUGAGGAUCCAGCCUAUCCAGAGCAUUCAGGUAUUAGUAUGGCUACAGUUGUAGCUUUGGAACAUGAAAGAGGAAAGGUAGCACCAUUUGCCAUUAUGGAGAUGAAGGGAAAAAGAUUCCAUAUUGUUGCAACUGAAGGUGUUUCCGUUGGCGAUAAAAUGUACUUUGGUGAUGAUACCAAGUUGAAUGUUGCUAUGACUGCUGGUGCUUUCUGUACUAUCGAAAAUCACAGGAAGGAAUCCGAACAAACUGUUUUAAAAUUACCAUCUGGUCAGAAGAGAAUAUUCUCUUCAAAUGUUAGGGCCAUUAUUGGUGUGGUAGCAGGCGCUGGUGUAACUGAAAAACCAUUGCUCAAGGCAGGUACAGCUCAUUAUUUGAGAAAGUCUAGAGGUCAGUUGUUCCCA